CUCCAAUUUCACACGAGAACGCCGCUAGAGCUGUUAAACAAUUUAUAAUGCACCUUUCAAAGGUGUGGUAUAAAAAUGUGGAUUUUAUUAUUAAUAUUUGUGUCCGUAUUGAGUGAAUCGUACUGUGUUUUGUGUCCGAAGCAGUGUGAUUGUGAUUCAGACAAUGGGUUGAAUAGAGCAACUUGCGUGGAUCAAAACAUAAUAUCCGUGGCGCUGGAUGUGCCAAAAGAAGUGCAAGUGUAUAGCCUGAGUCGAAAUGUUAUUAGUGAGUUGGAUAAUUUCUGUUUUAAGGAACUCGGUUAUAAGUCUAUCAAAGUGCUAGAUUUAUCAUACAACCAGAUAUUCUGGAUUGGUCUGCAUGCAUUCGCGGGGUUGAAGCAACUUGUUGAACUAAACCUGAGCAAUAAUAGGCUGAGGUACUUUCCUUCGGACGUGUUCUGGUAUACGCCCGAUUUAGACAUCCUCGACCUAUCGGCGAAUAUGUUUGAGUCUCUCAAAAAUGAACCAUUUAUUACACACAGUAAAUUACAGGUGAUAAACCUUAACAGUUGUCGCAUAAAAUCAUUACCAGAUCGGAUGUUUACACGCGUACCCAAUUUGAAGAAGUUAGAUUUAAGUGAAAACUACAUGGUCACAAUAAAUUUAGAUGUACUGCGGCCUUUGCGAAAACUGAAAAGAAUAGAACUGAGAAACGACUACUGGCAAUGCAAUGCUGACUUCAAAGCUACAGAAGAAUGGAUCAUAUCUCACGAAAUAGCUUACGACAAAAUUUGUAAACAGAGGAGUCCGAAAAUGUUUGAAAAAAUGAUCUCGGUAGUGGAAAUCGAAAAGAAACCUGUAGACAUUGAAACAGUAUGGAACUUAACGAAAGCGAAUGAAACGCAAGUACCUCCGAAUGAGACGCCGUUAACACCUUUCCAGAGGUUCGAUAAGAACUUUUCUGCACUCCAAGCGUUUGUGAUCGGUGUUGAAAUUGGUAUGGCUAUUGGCAUAAUAGCGACGUACGUAUGGUUGAGACGAAUUUGUUCAUGCCGUCAGCUGUUUAAUCGACCACAGACAAGGCGAGAACGCUGGAGAGUCAGAAGAAGGGAGGGGGACAUGAGGAAUCAUUUGUUGUGGAACGCGAUAGUGCAUACUGAUAUGGAAACCCCUCCCAUUUAUAGGAGGCAGGUUGAUACAGGUCCGUCGGCUCCACGGCUAUCCGGGGUUAGAGAAGGGAAUUCAAAUGGAGAUGAGGAACGAGCAGAGACUCCACCUCCGCCUUAUAACGAAUGUCGUGUUAAUGUGUAAAUUCAUUUAGUAGUUGUUUUGGUAACUAUUCAUAACUACAAAAAUAAUACUCUUCAAACUAAGUUAUUGCUGCACUAAUCACUGUAUAUAAUGAGAAUUAUUAACCAUUACGCCCAAUUUGUAAGAUUGCAUUUUAUAAUAUGUAUAUCUUUCAGUACAAAAUUAACAUUUUUUGGUAUGUGGUAGUCAAGCACGCUUCGGCACGAAUUGGGCCAGCUCGCGCCGGGGAAGUACCACACCCCCACAGAAG